AUGAAUUAACAAUCUAUUUUGGAAAAGAAUGAUAAUUUUGAAUAAUCGAUAAGUUUGAACCUAAUAGAUGAUUCAUUUUAAUAAAGAGAUUUUUGUUAUGCAUUAGCAUUUAAUAAAGACAACUCAAUUCUUAUUACAAACUCAGAGAAUUUAAUAUUAAUAUGGAAGUUCGAUUUUGGUAAAAUGGAAUUAAUUUAAAGCAUUGCAACACAUACAGAAGAUGUUAAUUGCUUAAGCUUUAGUAAAAAGUCAAAUAAUUUUAUUUCUGGGUCAAACGAUAAUUGUCUUAGAUGUUGGAAAUAAAUAAGUUCAAAAGAAUGGAUAAGUUCAUAAGAGUUUGUAUGUAAUAGUUAUGUUUACACAUUCAAAUUAUAUAAUGAUGAAAAUCAACUUAUCUCAGGUAGUUUUCAUGGUUAAAUAAAUAUGUGGAAUCUGGAUUUUUAUAGAGGGGAAAUGAAUUGAAACUUACUUAAUCAUUAGAUAAACAUACAGGCACUGUCUAUGAUUUAAGUUUAAAUCAAUCUGAAACUUAAUUUAUCUCAUGUUCUAAAGAUAACACGAUAAUAGUUUGGGGAAAAGGAUUAAAUAGUUAUUGGGAAUUUAAAUAUAUAGUUAAAUAAUCAAUAAAUGAUUUUGGAUGUAAAGUUCAUUUUAUUAAUGAUGAUUAAUUUAUUUGGGUAAGUGGAGGUUAGGAAAGUUAGGAUUGUAUAUUCACAUUUGGAUUAAAUAAAGGAGUGUUCGAAGAAAUUCCAGCGGCAAAAGUUUAGUUAAUAAAGGAUACAUCUAAUUAUGACAUAUUUUAAUUUCCUAUUAUUUAUUAGGAAUAGCAAAAUAUUAUGGUAUUUAGACAUAAAACACAUAUCUAUUUUAUUUAAAGACAAUAGAAUGGACAGCUCAAGAUAUGUUAUCAAUUAAAUUGUUAAACAAAUGUGAUAUUUGGAACAUUAACAAAUGACUCUAAAUAUUUAGUAAUCAAAAGUAAUUCAAACAAUAAAUACAUGAUAUAUGAAGUAAAAUUAAAUUGA